AUGGAGAAAAUUGGGCAACUACUGGGCGAGCAAGGAGUUGAAGUGUAUUAUAGCAAUCUUCUUAUAGAUAAAAACUUUAGAAAAAUAGGAAAAAGUCUUUCCACUACAGUGCUUCUUAUAGUUGAUGAGUUUGAAGGCUCAAAAAAAGACAAGCUAUUUAUAAGACAGCAGGAAAAACUAGAACGUCUUUUUAGAAAGGAGGAAAGGAAAAAAUUCAGUUUCAAAGUGAUUCUAGUUAGCAAUGAAUACAACAGCAAGGGAAUACAAUUUAAGCCAUACCAGGAGAAUGCUAUAAAAGAUAUUGUAGAAAAGAAAGAAGAGUCCGGCGAAUCAAAGGCAGAUAGUAUUAUAAAAGUGCAUAGCGGGGUGGAGAAGGCAGAUCUUAGAGCUAUAAUGAGUAAAAAAAUUGACUCAAUUACGCCAAGCAGUAAUGAAACGCUUGGGCAAUAUCAUCAGUUUAUAAAAAAACAGGUACAGGAGGGAAAUACAAAUAUAAAUCAAAUAUACAGCGAAUUCCUCAAGAAAAUGAAAGAAAAUGGAGUUUCUGUUGUACCAAAAGAGAUAGUAAGAGAAAUUAUUGAAGGAUAUCUGGAUGGAACACUCACAUAA